UUUUCGGCUAUUACACCGUUUAUGCGAUCUGGUUGGAAGAAAGAGUGCACUUUGUAUAAGGUGAAAUUGGCUUUCGGCGCUAUUCAGUCAUUUUAGACUGCGGCCAAAGGCUGGUAGAGGUGACCGAAGCUUGUCAGCCCUCAAGCUCCUUUGGGAUUUCGUAUCGUAAUUAGUAGCUGAUACACCAAGCAAUUACCAACGGCAAAGGCAAUGAGGAUUGCUUUGAGGCAAAAGGAUAGUGCAUAAUACAAACAGGAUUCCGGGAAAACGUAUAAAAACGCCAACAUCACCAUCAGUCAGCAUCAGUUACAGCCGAGCAUUCAUUCACAGCAAGUGAACUAAAUUCAAAAGCCCAACAGCACAUAAAAACACGCAUCACUGCCAAAUAAGCACCGAAAAAGCUGAUAAGCAAACCACAGUCUAUAUUUCCACAACAACAAAAAACAGUAAUAAUGCGUUCAUUCAGCACUAUCUGCUUCCUUGCCUUGAUCUUGGCCAUCAGCAUGUGCAGCUACGGCGAGGCUGCUUACAGGAAGCCUCCAUUCAAUGGCAGCAUCUUUGGCAAACGCAAUUCUUUGGAAUAUGAUAAUGCCAAGGCCAUCACUGCAAUGUGCGAAAUCGCAUUGGAGGCUUGUCAAUCAUGGUUUCCACAAGGCGAAAGCAAAUAGAUAUCGGCCGACUUACUCAACCAUCAUCGAUAGAGUGGCGACUGUGGCAUAUUAACGAUCAUUACUUGAUAAUUAUGAAUAUUAUAUAUGUAUAUAAAUUUAAUACUUCUACGAUAUUGUAAAUUAGUAAUUAAAUUUAUGAACUUCGGAACGAAUAUUAUAACCUAGGCUUUCUGCUCGUAUUAUUUAUAUAGCUAUAUAUAUAUAUAUAUGUAUAUAAAAGUUAAUUUAUAACAGUAAUGUUAUUAAGUAAAAUACUCAAUAAAGCAAAUGCUCAAU